GUUUGACACUGUCAGUGUUGGCGAUGCUGAGCUGUGGAGGCCAGGUUUAAGGAGGCACCGGGGUUGUGGGGGCUGUGACAACUGUCAGGCCAUAAGUAGGACUGAUCCCCGACUCGCACCAGCAGCAGUCAUGAGCAGAGAUAACUGUACCACUGCUAGUCAACUAGCACCGGGGAUCCCCUCCGUAACCAAGGCAUGGGGACUGUGGGCCCUCUUAGGAAUUGUGACAAUGCUGCUUCUCAUCUCAUUGGCUGCACUCUUGUCCCAGUGGACCCGCGGUCGGAGAAGGAACCAGGAGGGACAGGAACCGCCCUCUGGAAGGUCCGUGGAAGAAGUUCCCCUGUACGGGAACCUGCACUAUUUACAGACAGGUCGGCUGUCUCAAGAACCAAGGUCAGAAGAGCAGGACCCAUCCUCUGGAGGCCUUGCCAGGGGAGCAGAGGAGGCCACGUGCUACACUAGCCUGCAGCUGCGACCCGCUCAAGGUCGGAUCCCCAGCUCCGGGACCCCCAUCAAGUACUGUGAGGUGGUGCUGGACUCUGAGCCAAAGCCCCAGGCCCCAGGCCCUGAGCCAGAACUUUAUGCCUCCGUGUGUGCCCAGACACGCAGAGGCCGGGCUUCUUUCCCAGAUCAAGCCUAUGCCAAUAGCCAGCCUGCACCCAGCUGAGGAGAACAUGGAACUGUGAGCACCCGUGGCUCAGCUACUGGGUCAGGGAUUCCUGCUGCCUUGGCUAGGGCAUGUCUAGUUUCUAACCACCUCCCGGACAUUGAGACUUUGCUGAGUGACAGGUGAUGACCUAUCCUGAACUUCCUAAAUUGCAUGAUGACAAACAUACAUCUCAGAGGAUAAAGGCUCCUGGUUUCCUGAGGAUGGAGUUGCAAAGGGGGAUCUCCUCAGCACUUACCUUUUCUAUGUGCUCCUGUAAGCCCCCAAACCAGUUGCUCACACCUUUCCCUUCUUUUAGGGUUUAACCAGGUUCCCCAUAUCCCCUCUAAGCUUACCCAGAUACCUCAUUGUCUUUUCAGACACAGGAAGUGGGCAGGGAGGAGUGGGUAAAAGCCAGAGAGGAUGUGGGUGGGUAUCAUGCAUGGGAGCCCACAGCUGGAAGGCUCCUAGGGUCCUAAGUUUGGUUUCUGACCUGAAAACCCUGGACAGAAAAUGGCUUUCAGGCUGUGCUACCUCUGGCAUCCCCUGGAUUUCAAAUAAAGCAUC